AUGGUGAUGAUGAUGGUGAUGAUGAUGGUGAUGAUGAUGGUGUUGAUGAAGGACAUCGUGACCCCGGUGGCACUGGAGGAGGUCAGGGGGGUCAUCAGGAGGUGCCUCGAGAACGCUGCCCUCGUCAACUACACCAAGAUCACUGAGACCAUGAAACUCGAAGAUUCGAUGAUGACGUGCGAUGACGCUGAUUGUAAGAAGAAGCUGGAGAGCCUGAUGAGGCUGGCAGAGAUGUGCAUCGAGGUGCUGCAGCAGAAGGAGGAGUACCAUGCUGAGGCAUUCGCUUGGUUCAGUGACCUGAUGGUAGAACACUCUGAAAUUUUCUGGUCCCUAUUCGCUGUAGACAUGGACUCGAUCCUGGAGAUGCAACAUCCGGAUUCAUGGGACAGCUUCCCGCUCUUCCAGAUGCUCAAUGACUACUUGCACAGCCACGGUCAGUCAGUCAGUCAGUCGCACUGA